AUGAGUUCGACUACCCACCCCACGCCUGGCCGCCCAGCGCCGACGACGGUCACACAGCAUCUCGCGGGCACAGCGCAAUCAUGGCACGGCAAAAUCACACCUGACGGACCGUUUCCACCUCAAAGGGGUCGGUAUCACAUGUAUAUCGGGCUCUUCUGCCCGUUUGCGCACCGGGCGAAUCUGGUACGACAUCUGAAGGGACUCACCGACAUCAUCGACAUCUCGAUCGUCAAACCGUACCCCAAAGGCGACGAGAAAGGAUGGCCGGGAUGGCAGUUUCCUCAAACGGACGACGAGUACCCGGGUGCCACGGUGGACCACCUCUACGGCAGCAAGUACAUGCACGAAAUAUACUUCAAAGCGGACCCAGAGUACAAGGGCCGAUACAGCGUUCCCGUAUUAUGGGAUGGAGACACCGAAACAAUCGUCAACAACGAGAGCGCGGAACUUCUUCGAGACCUCCAGACGGCACUCAACCCACUAUUGCCUGAGGACUACGCCCGAGUCACAUUGUACCCGGAGCACCUGCGACCAAAAAUCGACGAGGUGGCAGAAUGGAUGCAACGAGACCUCAACACAGGCGUGUACAAGGCCGGAUUUGCGGAUUCCCAAGAAACUUACGACAAGAAUGUCUUGCCGGUGUUUGCGGCCCUAAAUCGGCUGGAGAAGAUGGUGGCUGAGAACGGGGGGCCGUACAUCUUGGGCAAGGAGCUCACGGAGCUCGAUAUCAGGGCCUAUGCGACCUUGAUCCGUUUCGAUACCGUCUACGUCCAGCAUUUCAAGUGUAACUUGGGUACUAUUCGGCACGAUUACCCCCAGCUCAACAAUUAUCUGAAGAACUUGUACUGGAAUGUCAAGGGGUUCAAGGAGACGUCUGAUUUUAAGCAUAUCAAGGAGAAUUAUACUAAGAGCCAUUAUGAUAUUAAUCCUAAGGCGAUUACCCCGCGGGGGCCGUAUCCUGAUGUCGAGGAGGGGUACGAGCCUGAUUUGUCGAAGUUGAGGGUCGGCGGUGUGGCAAUGCCAGAGGUCGUGGAACUGGAAAAGAAGUUGCCCGCUUGA